AUGGCCUCAACCAUACCGAUUACCCUUCGAUGUUGUCACUGCGCGGUUCUGACAACAAUCCCCAAGAUACCGCAAGCAGCCCACCCCGCUGCACACAUCCAAGCUCCGCCUGACACAUUUCUGACGACCGAACCGCUCAGAAUCGAAACGAACUCAUCAGAAGCACUUUGCGUCUUAGCAUCCUUAUAUCUCCAUCUCCGCAUCCUCCGUUCUCCUCAGCAUCUCUCCCGUUCGUUUUUUACGCCGCAUCUCGUUGUCGCCGGGUGCUUCGUCCUCCUAGCGUACGUCGCAGCCAUGGCCACCACCACGGAGCCGUCUGUGCAGCAGACGAUUGACCGUCUGAGACUGGAGACGGCGACGCUCGACGAGAUUAGCGCCCAAGAACGGAGCGGAUUCCUGUCCCUUUUUGAGCGCUACUUGCAGGAGAAGGCGAAUGUGAUCCAGUGGGACAAGAUCAAGUCGCCCACUGACCAGGAGGUCGUGCCGUACGAUGACCUUCCCGAAGUGCCUCAAGAUCCAGCGGUGGUGAAGGAGCUGCUGAGCAAGCUGGCGGUGAUGAAGCUCAACGGCGGGCUGGGCACCACCAUGGGGUGCACGGGACCCAAGUCUGUGAUCGAGGUUCGGAACGGUCAGACAUUCCUGGACUUGAUUUUGAAGCAAAUCGAGACGUUGAAUGCCAAGUACGGAUCUAACGUGCCGCUGGUGCUCAUGGACUCGUUCAACACGCACGACGACACUCUCAAGAUUCUCGAGAAAUACACGGAUUCGGCGGUGAAGAUUAAAUACUUCAACCAGAGCCAGUAUCCGCGGGUGGUGGCGGAGGACAACACGCCGUGGCCUGCCAAGGGUCGCAAGGACAAGGCCGCUUGGUACCCUCCCGGGCACGGCGACGUGUUCCCCGCGCUGUGCAACAGCGGUGUGCUGGACCAGCUGCUCGCCGAGGGCAUCGAGUACGUGUUCCUGGCGAACGCAGACAACCUUGGUGCAACGGUGGAUCUGCGCAUUCUCAACUUCAUUGUACAGAACAACAACGAGUACUGCCUGGAGGUGACGCCAAAGACGUUGGCGGACGUGAAGGGCGGCACCAUUAUCAACUACGACGGCAAGCUGCAGCCUUUCCUCCUCUUUCCUCUGCUCCGCUAUCCUCCUCCCCCCCCUUUCCUCUGUUCCUACGCGCGUCCCGUGCAGCUAUUGGAGAUCGCCCAAGUGCCGCCUGAGCAUGUAUCGGAGUUCAAGUCCAUUGAGAAGUUCAAGAUCUUCAACACCAAUAACAUAUGGCUGAACCUGGCGGCCAUCAAGAGGCUGGUGGAGUCAGACGCCCUCAAGCUCGACAUCAUCCCCAACCCCAAGGAGGUGGACGGGGUGAAGGUGCUGCAGCUCGAGACGGCUGCGGGUGCCGCCAUGAAGUUCUUUGACCGGGCCAUCGGGGUGAACGUGCCUCGCUCGCGCUUCCUGCCCGUCAAGGCCACCUCCGACCUUCUCCUCGUCCAGUCGGAUCUGUACACGGUGCAGGAUGGGCUCGUCACGCGCAACCCUGCCAGAACCGCUGCCGCCAACCCCACCAUUGACCUGGGGCCCGAGUUCAAGAAGGUGGCUGAUUUCCAGAAGCGGUUCAAGGCCAUCCCCAGCAUCAUAGAGCUGGACAGCCUCAAGGUGUCGGGCGACGUGUGCUUCGGAGGAAACAUCACCCUCAAGGGCAAGGUGGCGAUAGAGGCGCCCAAGGAUGACAAGAUUGUGGUGGCUGACGGCACUGUGCUGGAGGGAUAG